UCUCCGACACAACCGUCGUCACCUACCAACCAGUGCAGCCGCCAAGACAACUCGUAUGAACAGCUAGUACCACCACUGGGCACUGAGGUGAGGAGUGAGCGAGCCCACUCACCUGCCAGCAACAGGGAGAUACGUACAUAUACAACGUACGUACCACUGCCGAGUGAGCUUGCCAGCUGCGAUAGAUGGAGGGCGUGCCGGACGAGAAGUGCGCCCUGGUGGCGGAGCUGGUGCAGGUGCUGGAGAUGGCGAGGCAUCUCGAGACGCGCAUGGCGGUCCUGCAGCAGCAGGGCGGCGGGGAGCACCAGCAGUGCCGGGCGCUGCUGAGCACCAUGCGCGCCUCCAUCGACAGGGCCGUGCACCUGGCCGUGUCCUGCCGUGCCGAGGCGGCGCGUCCGGAGUCGCCGCCGUCGGGCGGGGAUGGCAGCCCGCGCAGCGGCAGCGGCGGGUCCGACCAGGCCGGCGAGGUCCGCGGCCGUGGCAAUGCGACCGGCCAGUGCAAGAAGAGGAAGGCGCUGCCCAAGUCGAGCAUCCAGGUGAGGGUGAGCACCGUGCAGGACGUGAGCCCCCUGGACGACGGCCUCAGCUGGAGGAAGUACGGCCAGAAGGACAUCCUCGGCGCCAAGUACCCAAGAGCCUACUUCCGGUGCACGCACAGGCACACGCAGAGCUGCCAGGCGAGCAAGCAGGUGCAGCGCACGGACGGCGACCCGCUGCUCUUCGACGUUGUGUACCACGGCACCCACACGUGCGCCCAGGCCGCCGCCGCCGCCGCGCACCACCACGGCAACAACCAUCCGGCCACGGACCAGGCCACCUCCCCGGGGUGCGUCGUAGCUGGGCCCGCCGCGCUGCCGUUCUCGCUCCGGCCAGCAGCCUCCAACAAGCCGACGGGCGCCGCAGCCGACGACGGCGCGACCAGCAGCCGUUUCAUCGCGACCGGCUGUACCGUCGUCACCGCGUCUCCUUUCGUGUACCCGGCGACGCCAGACUGCCAGCUGGUUAGCGGCGGCGGCGGCGGCGGCUACGCGGUGGGUGGUGGUGGCGGCGUGGCCGGUGUCCCGAACGUGCCUGACGUGGAGCUCGCCUCCACGACAAACUCCCCUAUGGCUAUGGGGGAGAUGGAUUUCAUGUUCCCGCUGGACGCCGCCGAUUUCUUGGAGCUGGAGAACCCGGCCAGCUAUUUCUAAACGACACAAACCACGUGCCUGCAUCUAUACUAGUCUAGCUAGCCAAGAAAUACCGAUAGGUAAACACGACAAGGCGAAACGAGCACCUCUCUCACUGCCAUCCCUCACUGGUACGGUGUAUAAUCUCCCCUUGCAAGCUGGAAGUAUGCAAGGGUAGAUACGGCUAUGACAUGUCACGCCACGCGUCAUCCUAGUUCUGAAACCUUUCUCCAACAUAUGUAUAGUUGCCCGCUCUCUUGCAUAUAUAUACUUCGACUUUACAUCUUCUUGUUAGCUACAAUAUGCACCGGCCUAAUGGAGAAUUCUUCCAUGCCACAUGCACCGGCCUAUUGGAGAUCCAAGCACGUGACUUAGGUAGUGUUUGGUUGAGGAGCCAAGUAGAACGGAGCCGUUCUAUCUCUGAUUCUAGGAACGAAGCCGCUCUGUUCUGUGUUUGGUAAUCUG